GUUCAUCACCAGCUUCAAGGUUGCUUGCUUGCUCUUGCUCUUGCUCACUCAACUCAAUCAUCACUCAUCUCUUAUAUAUACCCAUCCCCCUCCCAGCCUUGGUCAAUUCGCAUACAAGGACGGACAGAAAGGGCAGACAGAGAACCAGGCUUCGGCAGACAGAACAGACAGAUCAACUACACAGCUCGUCCCAAUUGUGCUUAGGGAACUGUCUAAAGCUUCGUCGUUGAACACAGCGACGACCAACACCUCCACGACGUCUCUCUACUUCAACCCCCAGUCUUCAACUCCAACACACACAAUGUCCGUCUUCAUGUCACAACCCGCCUACGCCUACGCGGCAGCUCCUCCACCUCCCAGACAGUACUCGGGAACCAGCAGUGCCUUCAGCGCCUCUGCCAACCCCGAUGAGGACUGGACCAAGAUCUCUGACCUUGCUGAGCGCCGUCGCAUUCAGAACCGUAUUGCUCAGCGCAACUACCGCAAGAAGCUCAAGCGCCGUCUCGAAGACCUCGAGCGCCGCGCCGGUUCUUCUGACGAUGCCGACUCGGACAAGCAGCCCCAGAAGACGACAAAGUCGAAGCGAUCGCCCUCCAAGCCUCAAAAGUCGCAACCCACCCAGGCCAAGCCCGUGGUUGCUCAGGGCCAGUUCACUCCUCCCAUGGAGCCAACUGACGAUCUCUUCUUCCCCGGCACCUACGACGACCGGGCCCGCUCCAACAGCCCUCCUCAGUUCACAUACUCGACCUACCCAGCUCCCGAUGAGAUCCUCCUCGCUCCCUACGGCUCGGCCCAGUCCUACCCUGCCAUGACCACGGCCGACGCCUAUCCCAACUACCUGACGGCUUCCACCGUUCCCAUGACGCUCCCCUCGAUGACGCACUUUAGCGACGCCAUCAAGAGGGAGUCGUACUCCAGCGACGACGGCCUCGCGCCUUACAUGGCUUACAGCUACAUGCCUCCCAUGGACUUCAACGCCCCAAGCCCCUACGAUCAGUCCAACCCUCAUACUCCUCCGCUCUCGCACACGUUCGACCAUUCGGCCAACUGUUCAGAGGCCGGCUUCGACUAUCCCACCACUCCUCUGUCCAUGCCCGGUUCUCCCGGCAUGAUGCACCCUCAAUAAGUGUCAAGACGGAGUCAUGGGACUGGCCUGGCGACCCGGAUCAACCGGGAGCCAAAAGCGAAUGAAUUUGCACUUUACUCUGGCGUUGGGAUGAGCCUCACAAGGCAUUACAGCAUGGCGGGUUUUGAUAUUUUUGGAUUCUUUCACUCUCCACACUCUUCUUCUUCUACCCUUGGGUGCCUUGGCUCAUGGCCAGUGGCAUCAUUCAGGCGAUUCACAUCGUCUGCCCUCGUUUUUACGCACCAACCAUCGAAGGGCUCGACUUGGUUGGCUUGUGACGGCUGCAAAGAUGGACGAACGUUAUUGAUUACUUAUCUGGGAUGGCGAUGGAAAAGAAGAUACAUGCGGCGUUUAUGGCAAUCAAUCAAUGUAUGAAUUGUACAUUUGGAUUAUGAAUGGACGCAAUGGGUGGGAUUAGGCAGGCAGGCAGGCUGGAGAUGAGGGAUGGAGGCGACGAUGGCGGCUGCAGGGUCGGAAGACCCCGGUCCCUUUUUGUUGAGUAGAUAUCCGCGAGCCAUCGAAACAAACAAAUUAGAUGAAAGGAGAAAUGUGCAACAAGGUACGAAUCAG